GUAAUGUAAUUAUAUUUAUUGUUAAAAAAUUGAAUACAAAAAUCAUGAAAUCUAUUGAACUAUAUAUUAGUUCAUUAAUCGUAUUAAUUACCCGAUUGGUGGCCGCCGUCGAGCUAUCGGUUGACGAAUGUCUGGCCGCUGGUUAUCGCCGUCAGGAUCUGUCGUGUCAUCGUUGCGAUGAACUAAUCAAAUUUGAUUUGCUAUCACUAAAGUCGUCGUGUCUUAGCUGCUGCCAGAAGGAAGUAUCUACCGAUGGCCAGGAAGAGUCGGUCAAAAAGUAUUCGGCCGCCCGUCUGGAGGUCUGCGGAUGAAAAGUAGGACACUUUCCACAAAUCAAUGCGUUCAUCAAAGGAGACAAAAGCCAUAAGUAUCCAAAUCUAUCGGUAAAGUAUAUGAGAGGCGCGGAUCCAAUUAUCAAACUACUGGACGAAAAUGGUCAAGAAGUUGAUGAACUAAACAUCCAGAAGUGGGACACCGAUACUAUUGACGAAUUUUUGAGCCAACAUUUGGCUUAAGAUCUAAUCUAAUGACAACUGUUUUCUGAACGCAACUAUUGAUUUGAAUGGAAAGCUUAAUGAAGAUUACAAAACAAUUCAUUGUCUAUAACACAUCCCAAAGAUAUAUAUAUGACAACGACAUCAAUAAAUCCAUUAAAUAACUUGGAAUUGAUUCGUUCGAUGACUGAAUUAUUUAGCCAUUGAAUUGUAUCUUCAAAUUUACCAAAUUAUGUGAUCAAAUAAAUAAAAAAACCAAUAUUUUUG